GUAUGUAGAAUGUAUUCACAACAUAUCCAAAAGUUCAACACAUACAGUAUACGCCAUGUAACCACCUGACGAUCCACAAUGACUUAUGUGUCCUUCUUACUAGUGUUUGUCAUUAAAAUUAGCCUUGUCGACACUGAAGUUACUUGCGACACAAAUUGGUUUGGUCCGAAAUGUCAAUUGAAGUGUCAGUGUCGAGACGGUUGUGACCCACAAGGCCAGUGCUUGGGGACGAAGAAAUGUAACUCCGACUGGAUAGACUAUGCAUGCCAAUAUAAACCCCUUUCGUAUUGGAUUAGAACUCCAAUGGAUAGCUAUGUUGAGACCACUAGUCUGUGGCAAGAUGGAGACGACUCAACCUGUAUUAACAAUGUCGCUCUUCAGUUUAUUGUGAUCAAUUUUAGCUUCAAGAGUUUGAUUGGUUGGAUGCGAUUAGUGGUCAGCGAUGCAGCUUUGGUGGACAGAUUCAUGAUGUACUUUGAAGACACUUCUGAUGCUAUUACGAAACGUCUGGAAUGCUGGCGACAACAGUUUACCAUCGUCAACAACAGGACAGUCUACAUACGCUGUGACAUGAACUACCCUAUAAAUCGUGUCAUAUUAAAAGGAGAAGGUGUAACUUCACUUUGCACUAUUCAAGUCAGCAAAGGUCGAAAUUUGGCGUUAAAGCAAAAAGCUGAUCAAUCGUCUACCAAUGGAACCAACUCUGCAAGCAACGCUGUUGAUGGGAACACAGAUAGUGAUUUGGACAAAGGAAGCUGCGCUUUGACAAAUAAUGUCACUAACCUAAUUCCGACCUGGACUUUAACAUUAGAGGAACCUGUUAUUGUCAACUUUUUUGAGAUUUACGCUGCUAGUUAUCCCUUGAGAAAUUAUAUGUAUUACUCAAUUUUCCAAACAUUUGACAAGAAUGAUGCUCCUAUACUUAAUACGACGUAUGCAACAGUCUUUUCAAACAUCAAUAAAACUCUGGUCAAGAAAGUCGUAAUAAAGGCAACAAAUACUACAUAUCCCACAGCUUUGCUUUUUAUCUGUGAGCUCAUGCUCUUAGGAGAAUGUCCACCAGGAAAGUGGGGACUGGACUGUAACAAAAACUGCAAUUACCUCUGUCCAGAAAAUUGCAAUGAGAUAGACGGCUCGUGUCCUACAAGUUGUCUGGGAUACUUCCCACCAAAGUGUGAACAAGUGUGUCCUCCUAACAAAUGGGGAGUGAACUGUAGAGAAAACUGCCGUGAUGCCUGCGCCUUUAGCUACUGCAAUAACACGAAUGGCCAAUGUACAGCUGGUUGUAAUGGAUACUCGGAUCCACCUUUCUGUACUGAAGCAUGCCUCCCUGGCUACUACGGACUGAACUGUCUCAGUUACACAUCGUCCCAAAUCGAAGGGAGCGAACACAACGCAUGUGAAAGAUUGUCAUAUGACGAGCUACAGUCUCAAUGUGUUGUUGGAAGAGAGAAAUUUAUUUUCAGUGUCCCUAAUUUCUUUAUUGGAUUGGGGACUGGAGUAGCAGCUGUGUUAAUCAUCGUCACGCUGAUUGUACUUUACAGAAAGACUUGCCUAAAAAGAAAACCGAUUUCAAAAACCGCUGAGGAUGUUUACGAGGACAUGGCAACUGAAAAUGUCACCAGUGUCUCCAAAAGUCAAGCAAACAAUAUGUAUGAUCGUCCAAAGCCCAGGACAGAAGAUGAACCAGUGAAAAGAAACAUGGCAUCCUAUGACGAGAUUAGUCUUAAUAGACACGACGAUAAGCCAACGGUGUAUUUGAAUGUAGACGAAGUUAUACCUAAAUAAUAAUAAAUAGUAAAUGUACUAGUAUCUAUUGUCUUAUAAUGCGAUAAGAAGUAAUGCAAGGAAAAGACACAUAAUAAUAAGUAUCAAUUAAAACUACUUAUUAACAUUAAUUAAUAUAAUUAUCACUUAUCAAUUUAUCAUUUUUAUUUUUAAAUUCUUUGAAAAAUAUUUCAUUGCUUGUUCUUCAUCUUUCUCUGUGUAUAUCCCUCUCUCUACUUCUCUCUUUCUCUCUCACUCUUAUCCCCCCUCUCUCUUUCUUUCUCUUUCCCCCUCAUUCUCUCUAUCUCUUUCUUUCUGUCUUUAACUCUUUUUCUUUCUCUUUUUCUCUUUCUAUCAUUUUUCUGAGUCUCUCUUUCUCUCUCUCAAUUUCUCUCUCUCUCUUUCUCUUUCCCUCUCUUUGUGUCAUCAUUUUUUACACUAUCUUAAUUUGUUCUCUUUAAUUGGUUGAAUGCUUUUGUCUUUUUUCUUUUACAACGACUUAUCACUUAGUGUCUAUUGUUAUCAAUUGAAAAGAAAUAUUUGGUAGUUUUAUAUACAAAUGUCUGAUGUCACUCAGCAAAGAACUAUAUUUGUAUUUAAACAAUAAACUUGAUCCUUUGCACUCUCUCGAA